UGUAUCCUCACUCCAGGCUACAUCAGCACGCAGACGCUAUAUCCCCUGUGCCCUCUACUUCGAUUUACGAUUUCAAGAUGAAGUUCACUGCGACAAUUGGGACUUUGAUGUUCAGCCUAUCAGCCUCUGUCAGUGCGGCUGUAACUGGGAACUGUACGCCAGGCAUGAAUUACUGUCAAGUCGUGCUUGACAAUGUUGGCGGCAACCAGGAUGCGAUGCAUGAUGCGAUAGUCCGAUGGGGUUCCCCUGAAGCCGCUCGCUACCCAGGCCUCUGGGGUAAAUACCUGUUCCAUUGCAAUGCCGACAAAUCACUUAGUGUUGUUGAGACAUGCCAUGUCAUCUGUAUCAACAGUGGCGCUGGAAAGAGUGACGUCUGUGAUAACCCGGUGUAGAUGGUGCAACAGAUGAGGGUGAAGCAUGUGGCCAUGAGUAGAUUGCGAAUUAGGCAGUUAUUUGUCCAUCAUGUAUCCAGAUAUUGAUCGUGGACAAGAGACCAGGAAUGUCGAUGAUAAGUCCUGUCACUCCUCUAGUCGAAUGAAUCUGAAUAGCUCUAGAAGUUAGAACGAGUGAAUUAUGAAUCCUUUAUUUUUC